CAGUGAGUGAAAGCCCAAGCACCCUCCCCAACACACACAAACCCACCGCUUACACACAUACACCCCGCUUGUGUGAACGUAAACACACAUACACACACCACAGACGCGUGUGGUUGACCGCACCGGGCUCUCGGCUAUGUGUGAAGACGCGCGGCACGCCAAAGAAGCAGCACUACUGAAUCUGACGCUCGCUUUGUAGCAGGACCGCCAACCAGAUCACAUCGAAAACCAUCCUACUUUCUCUCGCUCUCUCUCUCUCUUUUUUUCCUCCCUCUCUUUUCAGUUGUACUUGUGUGAACAGAGCUGGAGAAAAGGAAAUACCCCCCCAUCUCUCUCUCUCUUUCUCUCUGUCCUAUGGUGGGAUAAACAGUGAAAAGAUGAGCCUGUGAUACAGCACCAGAACUGAGUGACCUGACAGCUCAAACUAAUCCUGUUCAGACAAGAAGGAAUGCUGCCAGUUGAAGCCUAGUCUCUGAUAGCAGUGGAGAAUAACUGUCUACUUCCCGCAAGAAUACAAGACUUCUCUGAUCUGAAGAAAGUCAUACAGGUUUGGAAUGACAGAUGAAUGAGGUUCAUCGGACAGAGUGACUUGCCACGCUCCGACUGCCCCCUUCUCCCCACAGAAUCAGACACCUCUGUGGUUGCAGUGAGACCCCACCCUCAGCCACAGCUGUACAUGGAGACCCCCAGCUGGGCAGAAACUAAACCAGGAAACGGGCUGUGUAAAACAGGAAGCAUUGCUCUCUUUGGAAACGUAGUGUACAGUGGGCUGCUGAACGAUCACUUCUGGCAUUUUGGGGUGCCCCUUGUCACAAGACUGGGUAACCAGGAGGCCCCAGCUCCCCCAGAAGCCAUGGCUCAGCCGUACGCCCCAGCGCAGUAUCCGCCCCCUCCACCUCAGAACGGGUUGCCUGGCGAAUACACCCACCCUGGGCAGGACUACACGGGGCCCAGUCCGGUCCCUGAGCACGCUGCAGCCCUCACUAUCUACACACCUACACAGACACACAGUGAGCCACCUGGCACUGACAGCAGCACGCCUUCCCUCACAGGGACUAGCAGCAUACAACAAGCGGACGAUGUGGCACAGACAGACGGCUCCCAGCAGCUUCAGCUCCAGCCCUCAGACUCUUCGGAGAAGCAGCAGCCCAAACGGUUACACGUCUCCAACAUUCCCUUUCGCUUCCGUGACCCAGACCUCCGGCAAAUGUUCGGGCAAUUUGGGAAAAUUUUGGAUGUGGAAAUUAUUUUUAACGAGCGGGGCUCUAAGGGUUUUGGUUUUGUAACUUUUGAAACAAGCGCAGACGCAGACCGCGCACGGGAGAAAUUAAAUGGUACAAUCGUAGAGGGACGCAAAAUUGAGGUAAAUAAUGCAACAGCAAGAGUAAUGACAAACAAAAAAGUGGCCAACCCCUAUACAAACGGCUGGAAGCUGAAUCCAGUGGUGGGAGCUGUCUAUGGUCCUGAAUUUUAUGCAGUGACAGGCUUCCCCUAUCCAACCACAGGGGCGACGGUGGCUUACAGGGGCGCCCACUUGAGAGGCAGAGGUCGUGCUGUUUACAACACGUUCCGUGCCGCGCCUCCACCCCCUCCCAUUCCCGCUUACGGAGCUGUGGUUUACCAAGAUGGCUUCUACGGUGCUGAGAUCUAUGGUGGCUAUGCAGCAUACAGAUAUGCCCAACCAGCCGCAGCAGCUGCAGCGGCCUACAGUGACAGCUAUGGCAGAGUCUAUGCAACAGCAGACCCUUAUCACCACACGAUUGGACCUGCAGCCACGUACAGCGUGGGCACUAUGGCUAGCCUUUACAGAGGAGGUUACAGUCGCUUCACACCCUACUAGAGAGAGAAUCAAUCCCCCGACCAAACAAACAAACAAACAAACAAAACACAAACAAACAACCCACCCACCUCCACCUUCAAGGUUCGCAAAGCGCGAACCUUCCCCGAACAGUCACAUUUGGGCUAAAGCUCUGCGUAUCAUCCUGCGGUUAUCCAGCAUUUCUGUUGCUUGGCUAUUGAUUUGGAAUCUGUUUUGUUUGUAUUGAAAUGUGUGGUCC